UUCCUCAGUUGAACGUACGCCGGUCGGUGGAACGGUACCACAAUGCGUAUCCUAGUAUUUUUAAACAUUGUUGUUACGUUUUGGGCGUUUCCGAUCGCUGGGCUUCAAUACAAGGCUUCCAAAGGGGAGGUAUGGCCAAAACCGCAACAGCAAGUGAAGACGAACACGGUUCUUACCUUCGACCAUAGGCAAUUCCAAAUUAAGGUAGUCGGCGUGACCUGCUCGCUCCUCUCAAGCGUGGUAUCCCGCUAUUCACACGUGUUUGCGCGGCAAAGCCAACUUGCGCUCGAGCAUGCUCGCCCGCACAAGUCAGAGGGCAGGCUCGCUGAGUUGCACAUCGACCUGACUGCGCCGUGUGAAGAGUACCCGCAUUAUGGGAUGGAUGAGAGCUACAAUCUAACGAUAGCAGAGGUGUCCACUUUGAAAAGCGGUUCGAUAUGGGGCAUUCUUCGAGGAUUCCAGAGUAUCUUGCACUCGUUCUAUUUAUCAGAUGACUAUAAGCGUAUAUUAGUAAACGCGACGGAGAUACAUGACUACCCGCGCUACUCGCACCGCGGCCUGCUACUCGACACGUCUCGGCACUUCAUCUCGCUGCCAAACAUCUUGCUGAUGCUAGACGCUAUGGAGAUGAAUAAGAUGAACGUGUUCCACUGGCACAUUGUUGAUGAUGACAGCUUUCCGUAUCAGAGCAAGAAGUUCCCGGAAUUAAGCGAGCAUGGAGCGUAUUAUCCUACCAUGGUCUAUUCGAAGGUAGAUAUCGUGCUCGUGUUGAAAUAUGCCCGUGAGCGAGGUAUCCGAGUGAUUCCCGAGUUUGAUGUUCCAGGUCACACAGUGUCUUGGGCGGCAUCGCACCCUGAGCUCGUGCUGACGUGCCUGGAUCAAUGGGUGCAUUUAUUACCCAGUGCAGCCUUAAACCCCGUUCUCGACUCCACGUACGAACUGCUCGGAGAAUUAUUCAAGGAAGUGCAGGACUUGUUCCCCGACAAGUACCUCCAUGUUGGUGGGGAUGAGGUCAAUACGGAGUGUUGGGAGAAUAGUCCAACGAUUCAGGAGUAUCUCAAAGAGCACAACAUGACCGUCACUGACUUGUUCCCCAUGUUCGUGAACAGACUGUUCCAACUGCUUGGCGGUAGAUCACAACCUAUCGUGUGGGAGGAAAUAUUCGAGAAUGUGACGUCCUUACCAGCGGGUACGCCCGUGCAAGUCUGGAAAUCAGAACCCAUAAAAGGCAAUGAAAAAUAUGAAGACCACGGAAAAAACACUUUAAACAGGGUCUUGAAAGCCGGAAAGAAGGUGAUACUAUCUGCGCCAUGGUACUUAGACAAUUUGCAAAAGAGCUGGGUGACUUACUAUAAUCGCACGGACCCACACGCCAUGGUGGACGACAAAUCUUUGGCCAAGAAUAUUCUAGGCGGUGAGGCCUGCAUGUGGGGCGAGCAUGUCGACGAUAGGAAUAUUAUUAGCAGAGUAUGGCCUCGGGCAUGUGCGACUGCCGAAGUGCUCUGGAGCUCCCCUCCAUUUGAAGUGCCAACUCCGUUUCACCAGCACGCGAACAGUCUACGUCUGGAAGAACACACAUGCCGUAUGGUUCGGUACGAUAUCGGAGCGCAACCUCCGAAUGGACCCGGCUUCUGUGUCGUCAAACCCAAUCAUUUGUAAUGUAACUAUUUAGUUUACGAAUAACAUGUAGAUCAAUCAUUAGAAUUUAUUUCCAUUUAUCAAACACCACAAUCUCAGAGGAAGCAUAAAAAAAGAUUAUAUAAAGCUGUACAAUUAA